AUGUCCGAUUACAAAGCCCUCUUCAAGGCUGCAAAAGCGCAGCGAGAAACAGCUGUUCCUGGCAAGCUGGGGGCAGCUCGAGCAGCUGCAUCUGCAGCGCCUCCUCAGAGCAAGAUGCCUCCCCCAGCGCCCAGGCCAGCAAAAUCUAGCAAGCCAGUGCCGCCUCCACCUAAGUUCAACGACCUGGUCCCAUUUCGCGCAGAAUCCCAGGCAACUAUCAUCUCAUCCCUUGGCGGCGACACUCCGUCAUCCGAUGCCUCUGUAAAAGGAGGCGCAACAGUGGGCAGUGCUGCAGCAGCCAGCCUGGAUGCACAGUCCACAGCGAGCACAAAUGGUGGCGGAUUGCCUUCGGGCUUCUUCGAGGAGCCUGCGCCCUCCGAGGCCUCCUCCAUCGAGGCUGCUGCAUCACAGAGCGGCAUGCCCAGCGGAUUCUUUGACUACUCUGCUCCCGGUCCCAGCGCAGGGGAUGAUAGCGACUUAGCAGCGUCUAUGCCAAGCAGCGAGGGACCUCCAGAGCCAAACCCCUCCACAGCUGGCAGGGUGGAAGGCAGCCUCCCAACCGGCUUCUUUGAGGAGACCGGCCCGGGAACUUAUGAGGCUGAGGAGACUGCACCAGAGGCAAGGGGGGGACCCAAUGAAAGCUCACAGGCGCAGGCUGACGGAGCGAGUGCUAUCCCAAAAGGGUUCUUUGCUGACGUGGACGCGGACGCGAAGGCGCGCGGCGAGAAGCCGGCCAAGCCGCGGACGCAGGCGGAGACGUUCAGCGAUUUCAUGGCGUCCAUCGCGGCCGACGUGAAGGAGGUGCAGGCGCGCGAAGAGGAGGAAGCUGCCGACGAAGCUGCCGAGCGCGCCGAGCGGGAAGUGUUCGAGCAGAGGAUGCGGCUGAAGAGGGUUGAGGAGCUGAAAGGCGGCGCACCUUCCUCGAGCACAGGUGCCGCGGCGGCCGAGACACUUGGGUUUAAUGAGGUGGCCCUGGACAUCAGCAGCAUUGCAGAGGCACCAGUGCAGCCGCGAAAGAAGCGCAGGCUGGACGUUUUGGAGGAUGACCCAGACGAGGGUGCAGAUGGAGAGGAGAGCAGUGAAGAGGAUGACAUAAUGCUGGACUGGCGAGCGAAGACUGUGUAG